UCGGCCUGGAAGUUCAGUGUCUCCAGGUCAACGCUGCUCAACGGAGAAUGAUACGGCACGUCUUAGCGGUAGUGUUGCUGGUGGCUGCGGCAGAAAGGCAAGACAGCGUCAUUCAUGAUGAGAUGCCGCGGGACGUCGAGGGGAAGAUAAGAGUAGUGGCUGGACAGGCACAGGUGAUGAUGCAGAUUGAAUCUCAUCCUCGAGGGAGGCCCUUUGUAGUAAAGGCUGCCUCUGAUGCUGUCCAGGCUGUGCUCAUCACUCAUGGAUUUCACCAGGGACAGCAUCUGUUCCCGUUCCUGAAUCGGCCUAUGCAGCCGGAAAUUUUGUUACCAAGUCCUCAUCUGCCAGCCUCCUGCGGCCCCGUCAUUGUUUCACUGGAGCACGACACAUUUCGUGGCCGAGCCUACCACUUCUCCUGGUGUCACCACGCGGGCCAGCUGUACACACACCAGCAGUCGGCCGCUUACUGCCACACCCUCGCCCAACACCAGCCAUUGCAAUUUGAGGUGCUAAGCCUUGAGGAUCCGGAAGAACAACAUUUCGUCUCCCAAAUACUUGAAACCCAUCAAAUAGCAUCCGUGUGGACCAAAGACUACAGCAGUUCUGCACCUUACAACUUAGACUUUUACAUUGACAAAUCGAGUAGCUCUCAGCCUGGUGAGGACUGCUUGGCGCUGGAGGCUGGCCUGUUAUCUCGCCACAGCUCUGCCCUGCACGAAAAUAAUUGUUUAUUGCCUAAGACUGUCAUCUGUGAGGCAAAUCAAUUGAUGUAAUGUGAUCGAUCACUCUCCACCUUCUAUUCUUACUUCGGGUGGUUUUGAUUUUGAAUAGAUAGAUAAAAACAUCGGUGCCUUUCCAUGAACAUUUACUAGAGAAUCUUGUCUUCUGUCUGGCUUUAGAUAUUGUCGUAAUAACAUGUUUACUGGCUAAUUAAGAGAAAAUACUUCAUCUCGUUUACUGGCUCAACAGAAAAUUUGAUCUUGACAAUUUAAUACGUAUUUGAAUUUGACAAUAAACACAAAUACGUUCCUUCUAUCGCCAGAUGAUCAUAUCCACGCCUAUUCUGUUGUCAGACUGAUCAUGCUAUGUGUCCAUGAGGUGUACGGGAAGUCAUACAUAAACAUGUUUCUGUGAACCUUAAACCGAGAACUGCCCUGGGAUAACCUCUGUAUUUAUUGGCUUACUUCUCCCUGUAACGAUUCGACCUCGGGCGCUUCACCGGUUUAAAAAAAUGUUUAUACAUUUCCAUACAGAAGUAUUUGUUUCGCACUGCUGUUAUAGUAAAAACAAAAGGUCACUAUCAACAUCACUGUUCUCAUAUGUUAAAUUAA